AUGCAGGACCAGUGUCAGGUGGCCUCCAGGCACAUCCCCUGCAGAGUAAGGAGAGGUUCCAAGGAAGCCUGUCAGCAGGCUGAUUGCUGCUAUGACAACAGCAGGGUUCCCCGUUACUAUGGUAACAUAGCAACUGUCCAGUGCUUCACUGGACAGUUAGAGCAGCAAAGUGGCCACUUUGUCCUGGCGGUAUCCCAAGAAACAGCCUUGGCACAUGGGAUCACGCUGGCCCAUAUCCACAUGCUCUAGACCCCCUCCAGCUGCUCCCAGACGGAGCUGGGGUCUUUCGUGUUCUUCCACUUCCUGCUUAUCCACUGUGGGACCACAGUCCAGGUGGCUGGCAACCAGCUUGUCCUUGAGAACCAGCUGGUGUCUGACCUUGAUGUGAAUGGGCCACAGGGCUCCAUCAUGCAGGAUGGCACCUUCAGGCUUCACCUGUGCUGCAUCUUCAAUGCCAGUGGCUUACUGCUGCUCCAGGUGUCCAUCUUUCCACGGCCCCCACCAGCCCCCGUGUCACCAUCCGGCCCCUGUUUAUAGGCCCCUCGCCCUACAGAUGAGACUUUCUGCUCCUACUAAGAGGAAAGGGACUACCCCAACAUUAGGCUGCCCUGCAAGCCUGUCCCUGUGGGAGUCUGGCUCCAGAGCACAGACCCCAGUCUGGUCCUGCUGCUGCACCAGUGCUGGGCCUCUGCCGGUGCCUGCCCCUUCCAGCAGCCUCAGUGGCCCAUCCUAUCAGACAGAUGAGUGGCAGGGGAUGUUUCUGCUGCCCCAGGGUGUCCUUUUGACAGGAACAGCUACAGGACCCAAGUGGUACCCUUGGACAGGGCAGAGGUGUCCUUCUCCUCCCACUGCCAGUGCUGCACUGUGACCACCUUCGCCCUCCCAGACCCUGGUUCCCAGAGGACCCUCAGGAGAUGUUUACUUCUGCAGCCCCUCAGACUGCUCCUGCUCAGGUCUGGAGACCUGGUCCAUGAUGUGCUGCUUGGGGCCUGCAAGUGCCAGGGCUGUGUGCUGCCAGGGGACACUCAGCCAUAG